AGCCGUGCAAGUACAUCUGUUCCAAAGCCAUAGUACAUCUACCCAUAAACGAAAAAUAGUUUAUAGCGCGUGCAUAUAUUGACGCGCCUUGGUAGAUUUAUUUGUUAUCUACUUGCGCCCUGCGGCGCCACUGCCCUAGCAGCCGGGCAGCCUUUGUACUUGUCAGCGUGCUGCCUACAAGGCGGGCGCAAGGAGCUGAAUUGGACCACCUUCACGAGGCGAGAAAUCAAUUAUCUAGGUCGCUAAUCUCGAUCUGAGGUGUCUUAGCAUGGCCAGGAGCUCAGUGCUCCUGGUGGCCCUCAUGGGCCUGGCCGCCCUGCAAGCGGCCGUUGCCCAGGGACCCGCCCGCGGUGUGUCAAAAUGGUGCGCCAUCAGCAAUCGCGCCACGGCAGCGUGGGCUUGUAACCUGGCUGUUGGCACGUCCACGUCUUGCGAGACAUCCGACCUGUGGGCAACCGAUUCCGGCGAGUGCGCGGUGCCGAACUUCGGUCAGCCAUUAGCAGCUGAGACUUUCAAGUACCAGGACACUUGCCGUUAUCAGGUGGCCCAGGUGCCGCUGGUCUUUAACGGCACGUCCACACUGGGUGCCUACCUGCUGAUCUUUAAGGAUUACUCAGACAACAUUUACUUCACUGUGCAGCUUGAGGGCACUUCGCGCGUCUCUGGCCAGGUCGACGGACAGUGGUUGUACACAGAGCCCGUCAUUACGGGCGCCAACAGCCCAUCUGCUGCCAUCUACUUCUGGGAUUCGCCCCCCAACACCGCCGUCCAAAUUGCUCAGCAAGCACAGCUGGUCAACCUGAUGACGGAGGACCGCAACUCCUAUAAGCGCUGGUCGUGCUUCACGUACAGCGCCCCAACGACCAACUUCUGCGCGCCCGGGUCCCAGUACAACGGAUCGACAUGCGUGGCCAGCAGCGGCAGCCCAUCCUCCAAGAACCUGGCCCUCACCCCGUCCUCCAACCUUUACAUUUCGGUCGUCGUGAACGUCGUCAAGUUCCCCGUGUUUGGUCUGGGCGCCCCGGACACCGGUUUCUACUGCGGCGAUCCACGCGGUGAUCUCAGCCUGCGCGUCGGCACACUGGUUCUUAACACAACUGGCAACGUUCUGCGCCUGGCGGAUAUUGCCAGGUUUGACCUGCCCACCAACUGCGCCAACACGCAACGCCCGCCGUCGCCGCCGCUGCCGCCAUCGCCGCCGCCGCUGCCGCCCUCACCGGCGCCGCCGUCGCCGCGGCCGCCCUCACCGCUGCCGCCGUCGCCGCCGCCGCCCUCACCAGGGCCGCCGCCGAGCCCGCCGGUUCCCUUCCCGCCAUCACCGCCGACUCAGCAGUUUUCCGUCUCCGUUUUCGUGUACCACCCCAACCGCCCCACGCCCUUCGCCGACGCUGAUGUUGCCAAGGUCAUUCGCGUGAUGCGUUUCGCACUGGGCUGCGGUUACAACGGCGACCCCGACAAGUGCCUUAGGUCCAAGCCGUACGCCACCUUCAACACGACGAACAACGCCGCCUUCCCGUUGUUCACCAUGCUCGGAGUUAAGAUGUUCUUCGACGGCUACUACGACGGGGAUAUCAUUGCCGCUGAGACGGAGCGCCCAGGCCUGGCCAGGGCUUCCGUCACUAGCCUGUACAACAACAUGAACGCGAACCUUGUUUGGGCGCAGCUGGCGGCCGCGGAUACCGGUCUGAACCUGUUCUGCGGUGCCUACAUGUCCCUUGAGGCGAUAACGGAUGGUGCCUUCUACAGUCAGCCUGGCUUCACGGACGGUGCCAGCGGCACCAACCUUGGCGCGCUUUAUGUAUGCCCCAUCAUUCCUAACGUCGGCGUACCGACGGCUCUACCCGCUGACGUAGUCGGCCUGCCCGGCUUUGUCCGUUUGGGCAAUAUCACCUCUAACACCAACUACGUGCCGCGGCUGUGCAGUCCUAGCCUGGCACAGGGCCCGCCGAUGAUGUGCCCCAUGCCGCCGCCGCCGCCGCCGUCGCCACCACCGAUGCCGCCAUCGCCACCAUCGCCGCCACCAUCGCCGCCGUUGCCGCCGUCACCGCCGUCACCGCCACCGAGCCCCGCCAGCCCGUCGCCACCACCGCCAUCUCCGCCCGCACAGUUCUGCAGCAUCCGCUUCAGCAUCAUGUCGUCCACAAUCCGCUACAACAGCCGCGCUGCCGACUGCAGCGCCCUCGCCUCCCAAGCUAACAUUGUGGCGCGCAGCGCCGGAGUGGUUGUACGGCAGCCAGGCAGCUUCGCCUGCAACACCUCCAGUCCGGUUGAGCUCGCCGUCACCGCGGACUUGCUUGACGCCACGGCCGCGCAAACAUACCUGAUCGCCCUUUCCAACAACGGCGCCCUUUACGGCAAUAUCGGGCUCAUGAUCAACCUCCUCUGCGGCGACUACUUCAACAUCUCCGCCAGCUGCAUUGGCACCACGGUUCCCUCCGUCUCCGUAACACUCCCAGGCAGUUCAACCCCGACCACCGUCUCCUAUCCUUUGGUAAUCAAAGCUGGCGACCCGCUGUACCCCGUGGGCUUUGCCUUCUGCCCGCCGGCGCCGCCGUCGCCACCCACGCCACCGUCGCCCCCACCACCCUCGCCUCCGCCGGCGCCGCCGUCUCCCCCAAGCCCAGCCCCACCGCCCCGCCCGCCGCCCGCCCUCCCGCCACCACCCCCCGGCUUCACGCUUCAGCUGUCCAUCAUCAACGGCGACAUCAACGACGCCACGACGAACUGCGAUCGCUACAAGAAGUGGCUCAACGCUAUGUUGACCUCUUACGAGAUUGCUGGAAUCAUCAAUCGCGUGGGCGUCAUCCAAUGCGACCGCCCAGCGGCGGAGACUAUUCUCAAGCAGGAGCUGCUGCGCCCAAGUGAGGUGAACAUCCUGUACACCGCCCUUCUGGUGCCUGGAGUGAUUGGUGCGUUCGCACGGGACAGCGGAGUUCCUUGCGGCUCUGCCGUACGGCUGUACAACCCAACCGGCAGCGUGUUCACUGACUACGCCUGCUCGACCAACUCCAGCGCUCCCACCUACGUCCAAGACCUGUGCUGCUCGCCCCCACCAUCACCUAUGCCACUGCCGCCGUCGCCGCCGCCGCCAAGGCCGCCGGGACCGUUAGCUUCGCCGCCGCCGCCGAACCCGCCGCCCCCGUCGCCACCGCCGCCGAACCCGCCGCCGCCAUCCCCACCCNCGCCGAAACCCCCACCGCCACCGCCGGCUUCGCCGCCGCCGCCGACCCGCCGUCCGCCAUGGCCCCCGAUCCCCGCCAAGAACGCCGCCCUGCCGCCGCCACCGCCGUACACCAACGCAACCUGGAACCCGCCAGCCAACCUGGAGAUCCGUACCUACGAGGGCAUUGCCUGCUCCGACUACUACACGCUGUCUCGCGCCAAGGGCAUCUACUACCGGAUCACCGUGGCGGCACAGACCGCGGCGCAUGACGCCCUGCUCGACUUCAUGAGCACCAGCGGCGACUUCGUGUUCCAGGCCAACCUGGUGUGUGGUGGGCAGAUUCGCGUCGGCAUGGGCGAGGCGGCGCGCAGCAAGAUCGCGGCUAUUCCGCCGACGCCGUUCGACCCCAAGUCGACCAGUGACCCGUACGAGUACCUCGUCGGCGGCAAGCCGACUUUGGGUUUCUGCUUGAACACGCUCUAAGCUAAUAAGUACUCUUUUGAGGCUUUAAAGCGAGAGGCUGUUUGAGAUCUGCAUCUCUCUGGGUCUAUGAAGACUUCUGUGCGGUUUCGACCGCUUAGCUGAAGGCCGCCGCGUUAGCACGCGCGGCCUUUUUUUUAAGGAGAGCGGCUGGUGAGGAAGCAGGAGGAGGCAUGGGUUGGGGUGGAAUGGGAAGGGAAGGCGGGGGUGGGGUGGGGAGGGAAGAAGAAUAGAGGAAUUUUCCCAUGCGGUGAGCAAGUGAUGAUGGCGAUGAUGGUGAUGGUGAUUGCAGCUCAGCAUUAAAAAGAGAGGGCUUCUAGAAAGGUCUGUUCGAUUGGGGAGCAGGCUUGGGGGCUUUAUGAGGGCCGGCGGUGUACUCUGUGGGAGCGGGAAGAAGGGUUUGGGCUACACGUCCGCGCACGGGAGGAGAUGGCGGUUGGACGCGGCCGGACACAUCUUUUUAAGUGGUGCAGUAGCGUUUUACCGUCCUAUGCCCGGACGGCAAAAGAAACCAGUGAUGAGAUUAUGAUGAUGACAAUGAGCUGUUUUGGCUUCUCUCCAUUGCCUGGUGGCGCGCGACAUGGGUAGGAACGAGCAUGCGGCGGACAGCGCCGUGUGUCUAUCUCCAAUAGCGGGCGUCAGGUGUUCGGCGCAGCAGGGUUGUGCGCUUUUAUGUGGGCGCUCGUACCGCUUUUGUCUGGACCCGAUUGAUCUUCUACUCUUAUUUAUUCAACGUUCAAUUCGUUCGCGCCUAGUUGGACGAGCAUUUCUGCUUUAGUGAGGAAUGCACAUUCGCGUGAUCCGCACAAUAGCAUUUUACUGGCGCGGUAGCCAGGUUGAUUGGUUUUUGUAACGCGUGUUUGCGCGAUUUCUACCGCCUUAGCCUUGCAGGUCUGCCGCAUACUGGAUGCCAUACUAAGAUGAGCAACUUUCAGUUUCAACCGUCACAUAGCGCCUGUACGAUCCUGGUUGCAGGAAUCAGUCGAAUAAUUGCUACUAAUAUUAAAGUCAUGAUAAUU